GUCAUAAUGACUUGGUCGCUUGUGAAGUCAUAGAACCGUGCGGAGCUCAAAAGGAGCGCGCUUCGCAAUGUUCUGGUCCAGAAAAAUGCCAGAACCGGAUCCUUUGGAGGAUUCGGACACCGACAGCGUAGAAGAAGUUCAAAUAACUCGCUACCUUAACCAAGGCCUUCUGCAGGGCCUCCAACAAGCCAAGGCUUGCAAUGAUGUGAAGCUUGGUGUCAAACGUCAGACCGGAUAUUACCAUCUGAAGGAUCGCAAGCAUGCUGUGAUCACACCAAAGGUUGUUGCUUACGACGGCAAGCACUGGGACCUCACUGUCUCAAACAGACUUCAUAGGGCCACACCUCGCUUAACUGCUUAUGCUAUCGAGAGGGAGAUCGCUCGAGAACAGCUUCAACAAGUAAAAUCAGAAGAGUCUAGACAACAGGCAGCUUCUCGUGUCCUCCAAGGGCUCCACGCGGAAUUCCAGGACAGGAUUACACAAAGCCUGGUAUUAGAACAGGAGAUUCUGGAAAGGAUGAAGAACAAUCUUGCUGUUCUUAAGGACGAUGCUCACUGCGAGCUGAUGAGGAAACACAACAUUAAGCAUUUCGAUGAAGAAGCAGAAAUAGAGCGAGAGAGACAGGUCGCCAUGGUUGAGAUCUUUAAUGGCUGCAUGAAAUCCCCUAAUAUGUCUCGCAGCGUAGAGAACAUGUUGGGCGGGAUUGCUGAAUCCAAUCACCGUAAGAGCAUUGUCCAGCAGGAUCUAACCGAGGCCUUUGCACGUUAUAACGAGGAGGAAGUUGAGGCAGAUUCCGAAUAUAAGGACGCCAUGAUGGAGAUGAUGGACGAAUCUCUAAACACACUGCGGCAGAUGUUUAAUAAGAACAACACCAAGAGACUGGAAGAAGAUGAACGAAGGCAGAGGUUAGUUGACUUGAAAAAACAAAGCAAAGAUCCCAACUUCCGCCGACAGAGGAAAGAAUUUGAUGGCGUGAUGAAUGACCUCCACAAUGCAUUCGAUAACCUGAAACAGCAAGAGAUGACAGCGAGCUCGGAGUUUGAGACUCUUAUGUCGGACAGGAAGGAGUGUGUUCUUCAGGAACUGAGACGCGGCUACGCAGCCCGUUGGGUGGACAAAAUAUCCGCCAGGGAGAAGGCGAGGCGGAUCCAAGAGGAGGAGAACCUUUUACUCCAGAAAGACCCAUACCGGGAUCAAUUGCUGAAGGUUGUGUCAAGAGUCCAGAGGCAGAUGAUCCUCCAGAAGUUUGCUGGCCGCUGGAUUAACCUGGCUGGAGCGCGCAAGAUCGAGGAAGAGAUAGAUGACCUUGAAGGCAUUGAGAACGACCGCGAUAAGAAGUUGAAAGCAACUAGAAUACGAGCGCGUCGUCCGUCUUGUGUUGUGAGCGGCAUUGGUGAUUGACUCUUAAAACAGUCCUUGUUAAUUCGCAACAAUGCCCUUGUUGGAAAAUCAAAAGCAUUUUCUUUCAUCCAUGAUUUGAUUCACUUUUGUAAACAACUUUCAUUUAUCCUUUUUUUUGAAACAUUGUGACCAUAGCUCUAACUACCCAAACCUUUUGCCAUUUAAGUAUAUUAUCAUUUGAAUUCAAAAUGUUUUUGCUAUUUUUCAGUCCGUAGGCUCACAUAACACUUGCUUUUGGCUUCAAAGAUUCAAGCUCGUGAUGCAUACUUCUGCGUUAAAUAAAUCUUUAUUAUGUU